CGCCCCCGACCCCGCCCUGGUGGCCGAGAUGGAGCGGACGCUGCAGCGCAUGGAGCAGAUCCACGUGUCCCCGGAGGGGCGUGGCCGGGCGCUGGUGCUGCGGGCCCGCGCGCUGGGCGUGGCCCCGGAGGUGGGCGGGGCCAGGGCGGAGCUGGCGCUGGGCCACGCCCUGAAGCUGGACCCCGCCCUGGGCGUGGCCUGGCGCCAGCUGGGCGAGCAAAGAUGGCGGCGGGGCGACCUCCGGGGGGCGCGCGAGGCCUUCGGAGGGGCCCUGCAGCAGGUGGGG